AUGUUGGGGGAGGAGGGGAGGGGUCCGGCAGAAGUUGGCAAACUCCGCCCAGCGCUGACUCAGUCGCCUCCCGGAGGCUUCGGGGAGGAGUCCGGCUUCUCCGGACCGUGCGGGACGGGACGAGCCUCGGUCUCCUGGGUCCCCCGUGCCCGGGUGCAAGCCAUGCCCUUCCCCCCGCGACCCCCGAGACCCCCGCGGCUGCCCCCGCCGCCCCUGCUGCUGCUGCUGCUGCUGUCCCCGGCCGGGGGCUUCAAUCUGGACGGCGAGGUCCCCGCCGUGCUGGCCGGGCCUCCGGGCUCCUUCUUCGGCUUCUCCGUGGAGUUUUACCGGCCCGGGGCCGCGGGGGUGAGCAUCUUGGUGGGGGCCCCCAAGGCCAACACCAGCCAACCGGGCGUCCUGCAGGGCGGGGCUGUCUACCUCUGCCCCUGGGGGCAUCCGCCCCCCGCCGCCUGCCACCCCAUUGAGUUUGACAGCAAAGGGUCUCGGCCCCUGGAUUCCCAGACCCCCAGUCCCGAGGGCGGAGAAGAGUCGGUUGAGUACAAGUCUCUGCAGUGGUUCGGGGCGACCGUGCGGGCUCAUGGGGCCUCCAUCCUGGCCUGCGCGCCGCUGUACAGCUGGCGCACGGAGAAGGAGCCCCUGAGCGACCCCGUGGGCACAUGCUACCUCUCCCUUGGCAACUUCACCCGCUUCAUGGAGUAUUCACCCUGCCGCUCCGAUUUCCACUCAGCUGAGGGGCAGGGCUACUGCCAGGGCGGUUUCAGUGCCGAAUUCACCAAGACUGGCCGGGUGCUGCUGGGGGGACCCGGGAGCUACUUCUGGCAAGGCCAGAUCCUGUCGGCGACAUUGGAACAGAUUGAGGAAUCUUACUACCCAGACUACCUCAUCACCGAGGUGCGUGGGCAGCUGCAGACCAGACAGGCCAGCUCCUCCUACGACGACAGCUACCUGGGGUAUGCUGUGGCCGUGGGUGAGUUCAGUGGAGACAACACUGAAGACUUUGUUGCCGGUGUCCCCAAGGGGAAUCUCACCUAUGGCUAUGUCACCAUCCUCAAUGGCUCUGAUGUCCGGUCUCUGUACAACUUCUCAGGGGAGCAGAUGGCAUCCUACUUUGGCUACGCUGUGGCUGCCACUGACAUCAAUGGAGACGGGCUGGAUGACGUGCUGGCGGGGGCCCCGCUGCUGAUGGAGCGGACGGCGGAUGGGCAGCUGCAGGAGGUGGGCAGAGUCUACGUGUACCUACAGGGCCCGGAGGGCAUGCGGCCCAGACCCAGCCAAACGCUCACCGGGCGCCAGGAGUUUGGGCGCUUUGGCAGCUCCCUCGCCCCUCUGGGGGACUUGGACCAGGACGGCUACAAUGACGUGGCAGUGGGCGCACCAUUUGGAGGCGAGACGCAGCAGGGGGCCGUGUUUGUCUACCUGGGAGGGCCACGGGGGCUGAGUCUGGAGCCCUCCCAGGUGCUGCUGCCCCACUGGGCCCCCAGCCAGGCCCCGGCUUUCUUCGGCUUUGCCCUGCGAGGAGCCCGCGAUUUGGACAGCAACGGCUAUCCAGAUCUGAUCGUCGGGGCCUUUGGGGUGGACAAAGCCGUGGUGUACAGGGGCCGUCCCAUCGUCGCGGUCAGCGCGUCACUGACCAUCUUCCCUACCAUGUUCAACCCGGAGGAGAGAAGUUGCAGUCUGGAGGGGCAGCCUGUCGCCUGUAUCAACCUCAGCUUCUGCCUCAAUGCUUCUGGCAAACACGUUCCAGACUCCAUUGGCUUUGCAGUGGAGCUGCAGCUGGACUGGCAGAAGCAGAAAGGGGCAACAAGGAGAGCAUUGUUUCUGGCCUCGCGGCAGGCGGCUCUGACCCAGCCCCUGGUCCUGCACAAUGGAGGCCGCGAGGAGUGUCGUGAGAUGAAGGUCUUCCUGCGGAACGAGUCUGAGUUCCGGGACAAGUUGUCCCCAAUCCACAUCGCCCUCAACUUCUCCCUGGACCCCCAGGCCCUGGCUGACCAGCACGGCCUCCGGCCUGUCCUGCACUAUCAGAGCCGCAGCCGCAUCGAGGAGAAGGCUCACAUCCUGCUUGACUGCGGCGAGGACAACGUCUGUGUCCCGGACCUGCAUCUGGAGGUGUUUGGAGAGACGACCAACGUGUUCCUGGGUGACAAGAACGCUCUGAACCUGACCUUCCACGCGCAGAACCUGGGCGAGGGCGGGGCCUACGAGGCUGAGCUCCACGUCACGGCCCCACCCGAGGCCGAGUACUCCGGCCUUGUGCGCCGCCCCGGGAACUUCUCCAUCCUGAGCUGCGAAUACUCCUCCGUGAACCAGAGCCGCCUGCUCAUCUGCGAUCUGGGCAACCCCAUGAAGGCCGGGGCCAGUCUGUGGGGAGGUCUCCGCUUCACUGUCCCCCAUCUCCGUGACACAAAGAAAACCGUGCAGUUUGACUUCCAGAUCCAUAGUAAGAACCUGAAUAACUCUCAGAGUGAAGUCGUCCCUUACCGGCUGCAGGUGGAGGCUCAGGCCCAGGUCUCCCUCAACGGGGUGUCCAAGCCAGAGGCGGUGCUGUUUCCAGUCAGCGGCUGGCAGGCCCGGGACAGGCCCCAGGAGGAGGAAGAUGCAGGGCCUGGGGCCCACCACGUCUACGAGCUCAUCAACCUGGGUCCCAGCUCCAUCAGCCGCAGUGUCCUGGAGCUCAGCUGCCCCCAGGCCCUGGAGGGUCAGCUCCUCAUGUACAUCACCCGCUUCUCCGGGCUCAGCAACUGCACCGCCAACUACCCGCUCAACCGGCAGAACUUGCGGCUGGAUCCCACUCGAUCCCCGGGCCCCCAGCACCAGCUUCAGAAGCGGGAGGCCCCCGGCCGGGGGUCCGCAGCCCCCAGCCCCUUCAUCCUGAGGUGCCCAGAGGCUGAAUGUUUCCAGCUGCGGUGUGAAUUGGGUCCCCUACACCGACAGGAGAGCCGCAGCCUCCAGCUUCAUUUCCGUGUCUGGGCCUCGACCUUCCUGCAGCGGGAACACCAACCCCACAGCCUGCAGUGUGAGGCCGUGUACGAGGCCCUCGCCAUGCCUUACCGCAUUCAACCCCAGCAGCUGCCCCGCCGGGAACUCCGGGUGGCCACGGCCGUGCAGUGGACCAAGGCAGAGGGGAGCCACGGUGUCCCCCUCUGGAUCAUCAUCCUGGCCAUCCUCAUCGGCCUGCUCCUCCUCGCCCUGCUCAUCUAUGUCCUUUACAAGCUUGGAUUCUUCAAACGCUCCCUCCCCUAUGGAACGGCCAUGGAAAAAGCACAGCUGAAGCCCCCAGCCACCUCAGAUGCUUGAGUGCCUGUCCACCCUGGCCCCCCGGCCCACCCUGGCCCGCCCUAGGCCCACCCCAGCCUCCCAAGCAAGGCUGGGGCUGGGGAGGGGCUGCCUGGGGGGCUUUCAGUCUCUGAAGGUGCUGAGCGCCGGGGAGGGGGGAACAGCCCCCCCCCACCCGGUUCAGGGACAUACUUGAAGGGGGAGUCGGAGAGAGGGGCUGGGUGGGGGGAAAUACCCCCCCAAUGCACUGAGAACCCUGGUUUACACCCCCGCCCCCAGACUGAGAGACUUUUUCACCCAGAACGUGGACACUGGCUCUAGCCACCCCUCUGGGUGGGACCUCGAGGGGCGAGAGACCCCCUCCCGCCCACGGACAGAUCCCUCCACGGGCGUGCCCAUGGCCACCCCCUCCUUCUGGGGUCCCCCAACUCCGGAGGCAGGCUUCCCCCUCGCUGACUCGAAGACCCAGACCGGACUCGGAACCGGAGCCGGGAACCAAGGCCGAGGAGCCAAGGCCGGACUCUAGAUCAGGGCGGAUCCAGACUGAGGCCGGCGCUGCGGCCUGGGAGUCUUCCCCAUCCCCUCCUGGGUCAGAGCCAUCCAGGACCCCUCCCCCCCCGCCCCCGCUCCC